AGUCGUUGUAGCAGUCAAAUCACAUUUCUUACUCGCAGAGUGUAAAGCAAGCAUCAAGAAAGCAAGAUGGAAGAUAACAAGACUAAGAAGACAUCAAAGAGGGUUCACCCUUAUGCCAAGAAAGAGACUUUGAAGAAUAAGAAAGAAUGGGCUAAGAACAAGUUGAAAGGUAGUCUCGUUAUAGAUGCACUGCCUAUGAAGAACCCAGACUUUGUUGCUAAAGAUGUGAAACUACCCAAGUUCGAGGUGGAUUAUAUGAAACCAGAAGUCAAGUCAUCUAAGCAAACAUCUCCUCUGAAAGAGUUGAACCAGCUGGUGGAAAGUGUUCAUAAUGACCCAUCAACCCUGGAGAAGACUGAAGUAUUGGAAGAAGGAGAAAUCGUACCUGGCGUAGAAGGUACAGGUACGUUUCAUUAUUCUUCUCUGGAAGAAUUGUUGGACAGUGUGGAAGUCAGUUAUCCAUGUCCCAUCCACCAGACUAUGAUGGAGGAAUUAAAAUCUAAAAAAGAAGAUUGUGACGAUGUAUUCCUCCGUUGCUCGUCCGCCCGUUGCCCAGUAUUUUGUAAUCUCAGUGAUUACAACCGUUAUUACUAUGAAUGUCAAAGACAGGGUCACCCCUGGUUCACCCUGGACAGAAUCGACAAGAUGGUGUGCGAAUGUGGAAUGACUCCCACAUUGUCUUUGACUCAAUCAGAAACAAAUUAUGGCAAAAUGUAUUUGCGAUGCAGUCGACAUAACUGUGAUCUUUUUACCUGGUGGCGAUUUAAACCCAACAAGAGGUCAGUGCAAAUUCUUACGGAUGGAUGUGAAUGAUUCAUUUCAGGACUAGAUGUCAAGAUGACAUUUGCUGAUUUAUUAGAAGCCCUUUUUCCUUUACUUCAAAGAAAAUGGGAUAAGUACAGACCAUCUUGAAAUCGCACGGUUGAUGGGUAGAAACACAAAGCUAGAUACAUUGUCUAUGGACGAUCAUGUUGAAAUCGCUUGGUUGAUCGGUAUGCCUAAGUUUAGAAAAUUAGCUAGACGCUUAGGAUUGUCGGAUAAAGACUUAGAAUGUAUUAGUCAUCAUGUACAGUUUUUAGAAGAUAA